UAAGAUCCUCACAAAAAAAACAAUGGCAUAAUCGUCAUUCUUCCAGACUGUGAAUAAAAACAUCUUGAAUCUGAAGACAAAAAAAUCAUCAUCUUCAGAAAAAUAUUGUCGGUGCCCUGUUCUAUCCCCCAUCUACCUUAAGUCUCUCUUCUUUUUUUUCUUCUUUCAAACAAACCAAUUUCAUUUUCCGUCCUAAAUUUUCUCCAUUAUUUUCUUCUUCAAUCUCUCCAAAAUUUUUCAAUUUUUUUUAAAAAUUCUUUUCACCUGCAUUGCGGCCUAUAAUUUUUCCUCUACCAAAAGAAGAAAUUUUCCAUCCAUAUAGUCCCGCAUUGCUGUAUGCGGGAUCAUUAAAUCAGGUAAAUUUGUUGAGGUGAAUAAGGAUGGGAGAGAAAUCAAAAAAAGGGGGUUGGUGUGGAUGGAUUAUAGUUUUGAUAGUGGCUGCUGCGGCUGCUGGAGCCAUUGUGGUACUUGUCAUGAAGAAGCAUAAAGAUUCUAACACAGAUGCUGCUUCUGGUGCUUCUGAAAAAAAAUAUGAAGAUGCUCUGAAAAUUGCAAUGCAGUUCUUUGAUGUUCAAAAAUCUGGGAAGUUGGUAAAUAAUAAGAUAACAUGGAGAGGCGAUUCAGCCGUCAAAGAUGGAAGUCAAGCUAAGUUAGACCUUAGUCAAGGAAUGUAUGAUGCUGGUGACCACAUGAAAUUUAAUUUUCCAAUGGCUUACACUGCCACGGUGUUGUCAUGGGCCAUCCUUGAGUAUGGUGAUCAGAUGAAAGGUGUGGGCCAGUUGGAACCUGCUCAAGACUCACUCAAGUGGAUUACGGACUAUCUUAUCAAUUCUCAUCCAAAAGAUAAUGUUCUUUAUAUUCAGGUGGGUGAUGCUGAUGCCGAUCAUAAAUGUUGGGAUAGGCCCGAGGACAUGACUGAGGUGAGGCCUCUAAUUCAGAUAAAUGCUACUGUCCCUGGGACAGAAGUUGCAGCUGAAACUGCAGCAGCUAUGGCAGCAGCAUCCCUGGUGUUCAAGUCGAAGAACUCAGCAUACUCAAGUGACCUUCUUAAGCAUGCUAAACAGUUGUUUUCUUUUGCUGACAAAUAUAGAGGUAGUUACAGCGAAAAUAUUCCUGAAGUCGCAACAUAUUACAAUUCAACUGGAUAUGGAGAUGAGCUCUUGUGGGCCGCAAGUUGGCUAUAUCAUGCAACUGGGGAUCAAACAUAUUUUGAUUACGCGACUGGGAAAAAUGCAGAUUCUUUUGGUAAUUUUGGAAAUCCAACUUGGUUUAGCUGGGAUAGCAAAUUAGCUGGUACUCAGGUUCUUUUAUCUCGGGUCAGCUUCUUUAAUUCGAAAGUCUCAAACUCGGACACACUUCAAGAGUAUAGGAAAACUGCCGAAGCUGUAAUGUGUGGUCUCUUACCGAAAUCUCCGACAGCAACAUCCAGCAGAACUGAUAGUGGUUUGAUAUGGAUAAGUCAAUGGAACGCGUUGCAGCAUCCUGUAGCCUCUGCCUUCUUAGCUGUGCUGUACAGUGAUUAUAUGCUCACUUCCAAGACUGAAAAAAUAACUUGUGAUGGUGAUGCAUAUACACCAUCUGAUCUCAGAAAGUUUGCCAUGUCCCAGGCAAAUUAUGUUUUGGGCGAUAAUCCAGCGAAGAUGAGUUAUCUCGUAGGCUAUGGGGACAAAUAUCCGCAGUAUGUUCAUCACAGAGGGGCUUCCAUUCCUAAAGAUGCCGAUACUAAUUGCAAAGAAGGUUGGAAGUAUCUAGACUCAACUGAACCAAAUCCCAAUGUCGCAACUGGAGCCCUCGUUGGUGGUCCAUUUCUUAAUGAGACAUAUAUUGAUUCAAGGAACAACUCGAUUCAAGGAGAGCCAACCACAUACAAUAGUGCUGUCAUUGUUGGCCUUCUUUCUGGUUUGGUUUCCACUUCCUCAGUGGUUCAGUCUUUCAGUUGAGCUGGAUAAUACCGCCUUUCAUUCGUGUUCCACCUCAUGUUGUACGUCUCUUAUCUUUCGUAGAUGCAUACAUAUUUUUUUAUUUCUUGUAGCUCCUUGAACACAUAAAGGUGCAUUAUAUAUAUGUGUAUGUUAGUGUGUACCACAUUAACUGUCCUAGUGUACUAAUAUCAAAUAUAUUUGCUCAA